AUGAAGAGACAGCCCCGCCACCGCGACGCCGGGCCCCUGACGUCACCCGAUUCGCCAGGAAAUGAACUUUUUAAUAAUCUGAGGAGGGAGGAAAGCCCUCGGUCCCCUCGGCUCGGGGGGCACCAGGCCAGGCCCGGCUCCGCCGGCGCGCCCCCGUCACCCUCUCCCAGGCCAGCUCUGGGCAGCGCCAAGGGGGCGCGGGCUCGGGCUGGGGGCCUCCUCCUGCCUCUGCGUCCGGCUGUCCGUUCGUCUGUCCGAGGCCCUGGCGCAGGUAAAGGCGCGGGGACAGGGGUGCAGAGCCCCAUCCCGCUGGGAACCCACGCGUCUCCGGCCCUUGGGGCCCGUCUGCCCUGGCCGCCCGCGCGCCUCCCGCUCCGCUCCACUCCAAGGCGCGCGGGGCCCGGGCUUCUCGAAACUCCGGUCUGCGGGAGAGGAGGCCGGCGCCCGCCGAGUAAGGCGCGCCAGGGCCGGGAGCAGGAGCUCGAGGCCGCGGACGCCGGGCCUCGGCAGCCGGACCAGGCAGCUUACGAUUCAUCAACGCCUAAAACGCGAUCGCCGCGAAGCCUCCCAGCCUGUUUCGUCGCCUCGGAGCCCAGCAGGAGCUUCUCAAAGACAACACGGCCUCGGGGACAAUACCCCGUGUCCGGCAAGGCUGCCCCACAGGAGCUCAAACCCCAGGACCGAGCGCGGGAGGCCCCCGACCCUCAGGCCGGCCGCGAGGCGGUGAACGCCGGAGCCGAGCGGAAGCUUACCGCGGGGCCGCGAUCGGAGCCUCGGCUCGCAGGGAGGUGGUCGUUCCCAGCCCUCAGGAAAGCAGAUUAUCGGAGCCCUUUCAGAGCGCGCACAACAAAUGCGCCCGCCAUCGAAUGCAUCAUUUACCACCGCAGAUCCGCGCGUUGAUGGGCAGGCAGAUAGCCGUCUGCGGGGGGCACUCGGGCGCCUGCUGCCGUGCCGCCUGCCUGCCUGCCUGCCUGCCAGCGGCACCUGAGUGUGAGCCCCCGGGUGUGCCUGGCGUGUUUGGAUGGGCAGGCGGGUGUGCCAGUGAGUGGGCACUGAACAAGCAAGGGCGUUAGUGUGCACGCGGGCGCUUCGAACAAGUGGAGCGCUCACGCUGUUUGGGGAUGGCCCAGGUGAGGCUGCUUGAGGAAGGGGUGUUGCACGUGACCGUGUGGGCAUUCAUGUCCCUCAGGGUGAGUAGACACGUGUGUGAAAGAGCAGCUGUGCAAGCGCGUGGGCACUGGUGUGUGUGGCGGGCGGCACUGUGAGUGCCUUCAUGAGUCUGCCCUCCGCAGGGCCGUCUAGGGGUGCACACAGGAGGUGGUGUCGCCUGCCACCAGGGCGGGGGUGUAUGUGUACCUUCAGGCAUGGGUGUGUUACGGGGCUCGGGGCCACGCAUCCUCUUAGGCAUGUGCAUCCUCACAUGCCUGUGACUACCAGGAGUGUGCACCCAGCGUGGGGCUUGGGGUGUGCACAGAUCUGCGUGAGGGUGGUUGUGUCCUUGUGUAUCUGUCAUGUGUGCUACGGGGCGCUGCUAGCGGGGCAAGGGGGCAGGGGCCUGUCCCUGUGCCUGCUUGGGGCUGGGGGCGGGACACACGAGCUGACCACCGCCAGGACAGAAUGGUGCGUGCGGGUGUGACAGACGCCACAGUGGAAGGAGUGGUUUGUGCCGUGUAACAGGAGUGCUUGUGACCCAAACGGGGUGUGUGGGUGUGUGAGGGA